UGGAAAUGGCGCCCCAUACGCCCCUCCGACCCGACGUCCGCCGCGGGCGCGCGCUCGCACGCCGGAAGGGGCGGAGUCAAGAGGCUCUUUAUAUAUCGUGUACCAAGACCCAAUCGGCCUCUACCGGCGGGAUUUGGCGGCGCGAUGUCUCACAGGAAGUUCUCCGCUCCCAGACAUGGAUCCUUAGGCUUCUUGCCUCGAAAGCGUAGCAGCAGGCAUCGAGGGAAGGUGAAGAGCUUCCCAAAGGAUGACCCUUCAAAGCCUGUCCACCUCACAGCCUUUCUGGGCUACAAGGCUGGCAUGACUCACAUCGUCCGGGAAGUUGAUAGGCCAGGAUGGCAGGAUGACAUGGGCAAGAAGCAACUGGAGAAGGACUUCAAUAGCAUGAAGAAAUAUUGCCAGGUCAUCCGCAUUAUCGCCCACACUCAGAUGCGGCUGCUUCCUCUGCGCCAGAAGAAAGCCCACCUGAUGGAGAUCCAGGUGAAUGGAGGCACUGUGGCUGAGAAACUGGACUGGGCCCGGGAGAGGCUAGAGCAGCAGGUCCCAGUGAACCAGGUGUUUGGACAGGAUGAGAUGAUUGACGUCAUAGGAGUGACCAAGGGCAAAGGCUACAAAAUCUACAAGAUUGGCCAGGGCUACCUCAUCAAGGAUGGCAAACUAAUCAAGAAUAAUGCUUCCACUGACUACGACCUGUCUGACAAGAGCAUCAACCCUCUGGGUGGUUUUGUCCACUAUGGUGAAGUGACCAAUGACUUCGUCAUGCUGAAAGGCUGUGUGGUGGGGACCAAGAAGCGGGUCCUCACUCUCCGCAAGUCCUUGCUGGUACAGACCAAACGGCGAGCUCUGGAGAAGAUUGACCUUAAGUUCAUCGACACCACCUCCAAGUUUGGCCAUGGCCGCUUCCAGACCAUGGAAGAGAAGAAAGCAUUCAUGGGACCACUUAAGAAAGACCGCAUUGCCAAGGAGGAAGGUGCUUGAUGUCUGGAUCCUGAGCAGCUGGCUGUGGCCAAUAAAGCAUUUUAGUGACA